CCCUUGGGCGGUGGUGGUUUGGUGGAGAUUGUGAUAAUCUACGGCAAACCCCAUUAAACGAGACUACGGUAGUUCACGCGCCGCCGCGUAUGGCGUUUAUGUUGCUCUCAAUUUCUAUACCUGAUCCCAUGCCGCCGGCGGUGUUAUUUCCGAGCUCUGCUUCUGCGACUUCGACCGCAUCCACAUCUUUUGCAGCCUCUUAUUCGAUGUCCUCUUCUCUGGUGCCGCCGCCAGCGAAUGGUUUACUGAGGACUCGAGCUGAAAAGUUGACUCGUGGCCGACGGAAAUCGUGGAUUGUGCGUAUGGCUCCCGAAGAAGAGAAGAUGACUCGCCGCUCGCCUCUCGAUUUUCCUAUCGAAUGGGAAAGACCGAAGCCAGGAAGGAGACCCGACAUCAUGCCCCAAUUCAGCCCGAUGAAAACCCCAUUACCACCACCAAUGCCGGCAGAUCCUCCACCCGAAGAAGACGAAGAAGAAGAGGAAGAGGAGAAGAAAGAGGAAGAAGAGGAGGAUCCCAAUAAGGAAGAUCCCGAAAAGAAAAAUCCGUAGGCAUUAAGGGCUAGAAUGUUCUGCAGCAUCCCGACUAUUUUGUAGGCGAUAUAACCUUUGUUUGCUCGUUUUUGCGAGUAAUAUUAUUCAUGUUUGAGAUAUGCUGUUAUGUUAUGCUUGUUUACUUAUCAUUGCCCCACGGCAAUGCCGAAAAGAAAAUCUUCUAAACUCAGGGUUAUUA